UAUUUAUUUAAAUGUGCAGAAUCAUCAUGUGGAAGAUAAUAAUAUUGUGUACAAUUGUGUGCUUAGCUGCUGCUCAAAAAGCUACUUUUAAUAAUUACAAAGUCUUUAGAAUUAUUCCUACUACGGAGGCGCAUGUCAAUGAAUUACAUCAACUUGAAGCGAUUCAUGAUGGAUUCUCGUUCUGGGCAGAACCUAGUUUUGUAGACAGAAAUGUAGAUCUUAUGGUGGCUCCGCACAAAUUGCCCGAAUUUUACGAAAUAAUGACUCGAAUUGGAGUACCCUACCAAAUUCAUAUAGAAGAUGUCCAAAAAUUGAUUGACCAAACAGUGGCUGAGAAUCAAUCUACCUCAUUUGAUUUCAAUAACUAUCAUACUCUUGAAAAGAUCUAUAAGAAUCUGGAUGAUUUGGCUAAACAAUAUCCCGACAAAGUGGAGAUCAUUGUAGGCGGCAGAUCGUAUGAAAACCGACAAAUUAAAGGCGUCAAGGUUUCUUUUAAGGCCAACAACCCCGGAAUUUUCAUUGAAGGUGGCAUUCAUGCUAGGGAAUGGAUUUCACCAGCAACAGUCAUGUAUAUUCUUCAUCAAUUGCUGUCUAGCAGUGACCCGGAUAUUAAAGAUCUAGCUGAAAGUCAUGAUUGGUACAUCUUUCCUGUGUUCAAUCCCGAUGGAUAUGCGUAUACGCAUACCAAGAAUCGAUUAUGGAGAAAAACACGUAAACCAUACGGUAUUUGCGUUGGAGCUGAUGCAAAUAGAAACUGGAACUACAAAUGGGUGUCUAAAGACUUUACUGCCAAUCCAUGCUCUGAGCUUUUCGCAGGAAGAGAGCCGUUUUCCGAAAUAGAGACGAAGAGCAUGUCCGAGUAUAUUGAAUCUAUUUCUGACAAAUUCUAUGCAUACAUAUCAUUCCACAGUUAUUCACAACUUUUGAUGUAUCCUUACGGUUACACAAAAGAGCAUCUUGAUAAUCAUGAAGAUUUGCACGCUAUUGGCUUGAAAUCAGCUGCAGCUCUCGAACAAAAGUAUGGAACUCAAUAUCGAGUCGGAAAUGUUGCUGAAACGAUUUAUGUGUGCACCGGAGUUACUGUGGACUACAUUAAAGGCAUUUAUCGUAAACCUAUUGUAUACACUUAUGAGUUACGUGAUCGCGGUUAUUAUGGCUUCUUACUACCUCCUGAUCAAAUUAUUCCAACUGCAGAGGAGACUAUGGAUUCUCUUGUAGCUAUGUUUAAAGAAGUAAAGGCACGUGGAUAUGUUAAAGAAAAUUUGCAUUAGUAUAAAUUUAUGUGUAUAUAAUUUUGAUAAGACAAAACUUUUUUAAUAUAAAAUAUUAAUAAUAAAAAAUAUUGACAAUUUAACUUUUAAUUACACAAUGUGUUUAUAAUUUUUUAUAUUUUAUAUUUAUUAUAAUUAAUUAUUAGACUCUUCUACAUUAUAUUAUUUAAUUUGCAUUUUUUAUAACAUAACAAUUUUUGACGAAAUGGAUAAUGUAUAUAUCAUAGUAAAAUAUAUAAUUUUAUUUAAUAAUUGUUUUGUUUUACUAAUAUAUAAUAUUUGGUAAAUAAAUUAUCAAGUAAUAUGUUUUUCUCAUAUUUAUCAAUAUGUAUGUAUUUUUAUCUUUUUACACUUUUUUCUUUAUAUAUAUUUAAAGGAUGUACAAUAUAUCUUAAAAAAUAUAGUUUUGCUACAUUGUUUCUUAAUACCUUUGUUUCAACAAAAUUUAUAAUCUAAUUAUAUUUUUAUAUUUUUGUUAUUUAAAAUAAUUUUUUAUUCACAUAGUAUAAUAUACUUUUGCUGCGUUAUAAUAUUUAUUACAACAAUUCACUUUUAUUGCAACAAAAUAGAUAAUACUUAUCAAGAUAAAAUAGAUUUUAUUUAUCAAAUAACUUUUUGCGUCGUCUUGUAAAGAGGGCUUUACUUGCCUACAAUCUUAAUUGCCAACAGCUUCGUUUGCACACACAAAAAUAAUUAAGGUACAAGAGUAGGAUUGCAUACAUGACAUUAUUGCGUCCAUGACAAUAUUGCGCGCAGACACAUUGCACACAUAGUACAGCACCCCGUCUUGUACAUGUAUGUACAUACUAAA